AGUUGUAAACUGUUUAACUGCCUUGCUCAUUCAUGAGACAACAGUCAAUACUACCUUCAUCUUCCAUUGCUAAUUUAGAUUUCUUAAAACUCGAAAAAUUCUGAACUCUUAGUGCUAGUUUCUUUGAAAGAAAAGGAUACAAGAAUUGAUCAUCAAAUGACAGAGAAAAGGCUAGAGAAAAAUUUAAAUGAAUCCCUUGUGGUUUCGGAGUUGGAAGGAACUCUUUUGAAGGACAAAGAUCCUUUCUCGUACUUCAUGUUAGUCGCGUUCGAAGCCUCCGGGCUCAUUCGGUUUGUGAUCUUGUUAUGUUUUUGGCCUGUUAUUUGGUUGUUAGAUGUGUGCGGGAAGCGUGAUUACGGGCUGAAAAUAGCGAUAUUUGUGGCCACGGUGGGGCUUCGUGUAUCGGAGAUUGAAUCGGUGGCUAGAGCCGUUUUGCCCAAGUUUUACUUGGAUGAUCUUGAUAUGGAGGCUUGGAGGGUGUUUAGCUCGUAUGACAAGAGAGUUCUUGUGACUAAAACGCCUAAGGUUAUGGUAGAAAGGUUCCUGAAGGAGCAUUUGUAUGCGGAUGAAGUGAUUGGGACUGAUCUUGCGGUGAACAGGUUCGGGUUCGCCACGGGGUUCGUCAAGGAUGAUCUUGGCUCUAUAGCUCAAUCUGUUUCCACGUAUUUUGAGAAUCAACAACCUUCUCUAGGGCUGGGAAGCCCUGGUUCUCAAUUUUUAUCCAUAUGCAAGGAACAAUGUCAUCCGCCAUUCACACGCGACAACAAGCAAAUCCACGACCACCACAUCCGACCACUACCCGUGAUCUUCCACGACGGACGCCUAGUGAAGCGUCCGACACCAUUCACCUCGCUACUAAUCAUCUUAUGGAUUCCAAUAGGCAUUAUGCUUGCAAUAAUCCGGAUCCUCAUGGGCAUGGUUUUGCCAAUGUGGGCUAUUCCCUACAUGUCACAACUAUUCGGUGGCAGUGUUGUUGUCAAAGGAAAGCCGCCACCUCCACCCUCUCGCUCAAACUCCGGUGUCCUAUUCGUCUGCACUCACCGAACCCUAAUGGACCCUGUCGUCCUCUCCACUGUCCUUCGUCGUAGAAUCCCCGCUGUCACGUACUCCAUUUCAAGAUUAUCUGAAAUCUUGUCACCAAUUCCAACCGUCCGAUUAACAAGAAUUCGCCAUGUAGAUGCCGAAAAAAUUAAACAAGAAUUAUCACACGGUGACCUAGUCGUUUGCCCCGAAGGAACAACUUGUAGGGAACCCUUCUUGCUAAGAUUCAGUGCACUUUUUGCCGAAUUAACAGACCGAAUCGUCCCUGUGGCCAUGAACUACAGGGUAGGAUUUUUUCAUGCAACCACAGCUAGGGGUUGGAAAGGAUUGGACCCAAUUUUUUUCUUCAUGAACCCUAGGCCGAUUUAUGAGGUCACGUUCCUAAACCAGUUGCCUGCAGAGGCUACAUGCUCUUCGGGUAAAAGCCCACACGACGUCGCGAAUUAUGUGCAGAGAAUCCUGGCUGCAACCUUAGGGUUCGAAUGUACGAACUUUACAAGGAAGGAUAAGUACAGAGUGCUUGCUGGAAAUGAUGGAAUUGUUUCCUACACUUCGAUAACAGAUAGUGCAAAGAACUUGGGAAGAACUGUGAAGCAAGUUGUGGGAUCUUUUAAGCCUUUUAUCAAAUAAAAGAACUCUUAUAUCAUAGGGUUUUUUCUAUAUAUAACUAUUUUCAUCUUUGUAUGAUAUUUUUUCUCAAUUGUGUUUGGCUUGAUCUGGUAGCGCUAAUGUAAGUUUUGCUUGUAUUCUUUCCUUCUUUGGUUUGUUGAUAUGAAGUACAUUUUUCGAACAUAAA